CAGCACAACAAUUUAAAACAGGAGCUUGACUACAGAGCAAUCUUGGUCACAAUUCAUCAUCAAUUCAUCUGUUUGUACCCACCAAUCAAUCCGCUGCUACAGAAGCACACAUUAUGGAGCUGCAGAACACUGUGAAGGAAGCCCUAAACGCGCUCUACCAUCAUCCGGACGACGCCGUUAGGAUGCAAGCCGAUCGCUGGCUUCAGGAUUUUCAGCGAACGAUUGAUGCUUGGCAGGUGGCGGAUAAUUUGCUUCAUGAUACUUCAAGCAAUAUAGAAACUUCAAUAUUCUGCUCUCAAACUCUGAGAAGUAAGGUGCAGCGUGAUUUUGAAGAACUACCUUCUGAAGCUUUCCGCCCUCUACGGAUUUCUCUAAACACUUUACUGAAAUCUUUUCACAAGGGACCUCCUAAAGUUAGGACUCAGAUUAGCCUUGCUGUGGCUGCAUUGGCUGUUCAUGUACCAGCAGAAGACUGGGGAGAUGGUGGUAUUUUAAACUGGAUAAGAGAUGAGAUGAAUUCGCACCCUGAAUGCAUACCAAGUUUUCUGGAACUUCUGAGAGUCUUACCUGAGGAAGUUUUCAACUACAAAAUAGCUGUUCGUCCUGAUAGACGGCGGAGUUUUGAAAAUGAACUUGCUGCUGGGAUGGAGAUUGCUCUUAAUGUCUUAACUGCUUGCUUGAAUAUAAAUGGACUGUCGGAACAGGUGCUUGAGGCUUUUGCUUCAUGGCUACGUCUAAGGCACAGGAUUCCAGCUUCAGCUCUGGCUACACAUCCAUUGGUGCUUACAGCUCUCUCAGGCUUGAACAGUGAUAUGCUGUUUGAAGCAUCAGUGAAUGUUAUUUCUGAAUUGAUUCACUAUACAGCAGUGAGAAACCUUGAUGGAGUUGCUGCUCAGAUGCCCUUAAUUCAAGUACUUGUGCCUAGGAUUAUGAAUUUGAAGCCUCAACUUAGAGAUCCAUCAAAGGAUGAGGAAGAUGUGAAGGCUGUUGCUCGCUUAUUUGCUGACAUAGGGGAUGCAUAUGUUGAACUUAUUGCUACUGGUUCUGAUGAAUCAAUGGUGAUUGUGCAAGCACUAGUUGAAGUUACUUCACAUCCAGAAUUUGAUAUUGCUUCAAUGACUUUUAACUUUUGGCAUAGUCUUCAAAUGAUAUUAACUGAGAGGACUAAUCAUCAUCCAAAUGGUGACAAACCAUCUGUUGAAGCUGAGAAGUCUCCUCAGCUGCUGGCAUUCCAGUCAUCAUAUGAAGCACUUGUUUCCUUGGUUAGUGUCAAAGUUGAAUAUCCCCAGGAUUAUGCAGAUCUUUCAAGAGAGGACCAGAAAGAUUUUAAGCAAACCAGAUAUGUGUUUCCAAGCGGGUCUUCAUUCUUGUCUACUCUUAUAAAUAUUCUUGUCAGCGGCAUGAGUGUAUCAGAGGAUACUGCAGCUGCUGCUGCUGUGGCUUUUCGUCAUAUAUGUGACGACUGCAAGAAAAAACUGUGUGGGUCCUUGGAUGGUCUUUUUCAAAUAUACCUAGGGGCAAUGAUUGGAGGAGGCCCCUUCAAGGUUUCUGCUGAAGACUCACUGCAUCUAGUCGAGGCUCUUAGUAUGGUUGUCACAGAACUUCCUUCAGAACAUGCUAAAAAAGCCUUGGAGAAACUAUGCUUGCCUGCUGUUGCUCCUUUACAGGACAUGAUCAAUCAAGGCCCUUUAGUGCUGGGACAGAAGCCUGCUCGAGAUUUAACUGUUCAUAUAAACCGAUUAGCAAAUAUAUUUAGACAUGCGAAUCAUCCGGAGGCUGUUGCUGAUGCUGUCCAAAGACUCUGGCCAAUCUUCAAAUCAAUCUUUGAUAGACGUUCUUGGGACAUGCGGACUAUGGAAUCUCUUUGUCGAGCGUGCAAAAAUGCGGUGAGGACCUCUAAAACGCUUAUGGGAGUUACAGUUGGUGUAAUGCUUGAGGAGAUACAAGCAUUAUACAAAAUACAUCAACAACCUUGUUUCCUCUAUCUCUCUAGUGAAGUUAUUAAGAUAUUUGGCUCAGAUCCAUCUUGUACAAACUAUUUGAAAAUCUUGAUUGAAUCCCUUUUCAACCAUACGACAUUUUUGCUUACAAAAAUUCAGGAUUUCUCUUCCCGACCUGACCUGGUAGAUGAUUGCUUUUUGUUAGCAUCAAGAUGUAUUCGUUAUUGUCCGCAAUUAUUCUUCCCAUCUCCCGUAUUCCCCUGUUUGGUGGAUUGUUCUAUGAUUGGCAUCACCGUGCAGCAUAGGGAGGCCUCCAAUUCCAUACUAAAUUUCCUAUCUGAUGUUUUCGAUCUUGCAAACUCUACUCACGGGAAGCCUUAUGUAUCCAUUCGAGACAAUGUGAUUAUUCCAAGAGGAGCUGUCAUCACCAGAAUUCUUGUAGCUGCUCUAACAGGAGCACUCCCAAGUUCGCGACUAGAAACGGUAACUUAUACACUUCUAGCUAUUACACGAGCCUACGGUUUAAAGACAGUAGAGUGGGCAAAGGAGACCCUUUCCUUAAUUCCACCAAAUGCAGUGACAGAAGUCGAAAGGUCAAGAUUUUUGCAAGCUUUGUUAGAUGCGACAUCUGGUGCAGCUAUAAACAGCCUGAUGGUUCCAAUCGAAGAAUUGUCCGAUGUGUGUAGACGUAAUAGAUCUGUUCAAGAAUAA